ACACUUGCCACGUAACAAACUCGCAUAUAUGCCAGCGAAUAUAUUAGCGCCCCUCGUCGAGCUGCAACGCAUCCAUUUGAAUGAGAAUCGCUUGCGCGCUGCCCGCCUCGUUGCUGGAGCAGCAACUUAACCUACUUUACAUCGAUUUAAGUGAAAAUCAGCUACAAUCGCUGCCACCCAAACUAUUUGCGCGCACAUUCCGCUUACGAGAGCUACGCCUCUCACACAACCAAUUGCAUAGCAUACCAAGCGAGCUGCUCGCGCCGCUCAACUACCUCAAUCUGCUACAUUUAAACAAUAAUCAACUGAGCGGCAUACAUCCGCAUAUAUUCGCAAACAAUAGUCAGCUGCAAUACUUACAUUUGCAGUACAAUCAAAUUAAGAUACCUGCAGCGCAAAUGUGUGCGACCUUCAUGCCGCUCACACAACUAGGCGAACUCUUUUUGCACAACAACGCGCUGACACAUUUAUGCGAACAACCAUCCGCUCAAAAAAUGGCAACUAUUGAUUUGUCCCAUAAUCGCAUCGAAACACUGCAAGCGCCUGGUUUAGUUGCGCUCGCCUGCAGCUGGGUACGUGUGGAUCUAUCGCACAAUGCGCUUCGAAGUAUUUUAGUGCCUGCGCGCAUCUACAGCAGCAAGGAGAGACCUGCGCUCAAGUGCGAGAGCACCGUAGUGAUCAGCUACAAUGCGCUUCACUGCGACUGUGAAUUAGUGAAUUUUGUGCUAGGCAACCAUCGGCGCUUUCUGAACGAGUAUACGCGGUUGAACACUACCCAACUGAGCUGUGGCUCGCCACCAUUACUGCGCGGUCGACUUGUUGAUACACUGCAACCCGGUGAGCUUCUGUGUCCCGUUGUCAGCGAUUUAUGUCCCCACCGCUGCCGCUGUUGGGCGCGUACUUAUGACGCUACGCUCGUGGUAAACUGCACGCAGGCGCAACUCAAAACUUUGCCCGCAAUACCAACUCUCUCGACUACACCGCUUAUGGCUAUAGAAUUGCACAUAGAUGACAAUGAAAUUACUGCGCUACCUUUAAACUCAACCAACGGUUAUACAAAUGUAACGCGCCUUUACGCGGCUGGCAACCAACUGAGCAGUAUUGAAGUGUUCCAACUGCCCGCACGGCUCACACACCUCGACUUGCGCCACAACCGCUUAACGUGGCUCAACAGCGAUUUCUUUAAGCUACUGAACGCCACUCAAACACUUCACGCUUUGUAUUUGUCGCAGAAUCCGUGGGCGUGCGAUUGCGCCACCGAGCAAUUGCUCAUCGCCGCUAAGGUGCAUCACAAUCGCAUACGCGAUAUAGAUGAGCUCAGCUGCGCUGAUACGCGCUAUGCAAAAAUACUUGAACUUGCUUUCAGCGAUAUCUGUCCCAUGGAUUUGACUCCACUAUUCGCCAGCAUAAGCCUGCUGACUGCUGGAUUUGUAAUCGCCGUCGCCAGCACGCUCUAUUUCAAAUAUCAGCUGGAGAUCAAUGUGUGGCUGUACGCACACAAUGCCUGUCUUUGGUGUGUCACGGAGAGCGAGUUGGACAAAGAUAAAGUGUUUGACGCAUUCAUCUCAUAUUCGCACAAGGAUGAACGUUUCGUUACGCAAGAGCUGCUGCCGGGUCUAGAGCAUGGCGAUAUACCAUUUCGUGUGUGUACACAUGAACGCAAUUGGCUAGCCGGCGCCUAUAUUCCUGAACAAAUAGUCGAGUCUGUGGAGCAAUCGCGUCGCACAAUAAUUGUGCUCUCGCAACACUUUAUCGAAUCGCCGUGGGCGCGCAUGGAAUUUCGCACGGCACAUCAGAGCGCUUUGAAUGAGGGACGCACGCGCGUCAUUAUUAUUAUGUAUGGCGAAGUCGUGAAUAUGGAUGCGCUCGAUACGGAGCUGCAGGCGUAUUUGAAGAUGAACACCUACCUGAAAUGGAAUGAUCCUUGGUUCUGGAGCAAAUUACGUUACGCUAUGCCUCAUAAGCGGCGAAAUGUAAUGAAUGAGACGAAUGAGCCGCGCUUCGUGUAUAGCGCUAUGGAAUUAAUAGAGCUUAGUCGACGUGCGCGAACCGCAACAACACUAAUGUGAGCGAGGGCCAUAGAGAGGUUUCAAUGUCAAGUGAUCAAAGUACUUUGGACUACGACGUCAACUCUUCUAAAAAUUGAUUUAUUUGUAGGUUUGAGUAUAAUCAGGAGCAAACUGAAGAAAUUCUGAAAAAAAUUAAUAACUUUGAAAACUUAAGAAAUUUUGAAAAAAAAAUGAAUA